GAUUCCUACUCACUUCUUCUUCUUAACGACGACAACCAACUUUGAGCGGAUCAUUGAUAUCUCUCUUAUCUCAAAUCUCAACCGCUUUUACCGCCGUCUCCGUCGAUAAAAGGAGCAAUUAAUGCAAGCAUGAUUGAUGCAAUCUCUUCUUCUAAUCAUCAACCUGUCACAAUGGAAGAGAACGGAGAGCCGCGUUUAUUCGUACAUAUUCCAAUCCAAUGGCCUUCCGCCCGAAAGUCCGUAUCUUCGACCGAGACAAACAAAUUACAAAAUUUAUUCAUUGAUCCAAAAGAUGAAACAUAUCCUUCUUCUUGCUCGUCCUCCACUCGACCAAAGAUGUCAACAAGAUCACUUUCUAAUCGACAAUAUACCUCAACAAAACAAAUCGCUGCUGCAGUCUCCACACAAAAGGAAAAUCGCAAACGUCGAUCGAGAGUGGUUUCAACGGAUAGCAACUCUUCCUCUUCUUCUUUCUCAACAUCAACAACAUCAGAGGAUGAACAAAAGAUAAACACGUCUGAUUCUCAACAAGAACAACAAAAGUUUGCAACACUUCCAAAAUCUCAAGCUAAUACAAUGAGAAAGAUCUUGGAACGUCGUCGUCAUGCUCGUUCAAAUUCUGUACCUGAUGCACCGGCAAGAUCGUUACACGUUGAUACAUUCUUGCCUUUGCAUCUUCCACCUCCUGAUCUUUGUGCAAAAUCACCUUUGCUGUCUUACCCAUGUUCAUGGUGGCCAACAGAAGAUGACAAAGAAACAAAAUCGGUCAAAGAAGUUAACAAAGAAUCAACCUCGUCAAGCCUUCCCAUCGUCAAUGCCGAAUUACGUCGUUCAGAAAGUUUGGCAAGCUUUAUCAGUGCACAUUCUGAUGGCAGCUGGCACGGCGAUCACGGUGAUGAUGAUCCUGAUGGUCAAUUAGCCAGAGCAUUGGGAGAAGCACUAGAAAAGGAUCAAGUGGACUCCAAUGAAGAUGGAGACGUUUCAAACAAUUAUCAAGAGACAAGCAACGCAAAAGAUUCCACACAACAUGGUCAUGGUCCUUUACAAAUCUCAACGUACGAUUACGAUGAGGAAGAUGACCACAACAAAGUCCCACAUGCUCAUGUGACCACCGCCUCAUCCUCCAAGGGAAAAGAGGCAACGAAAGCAGAAGAAGAACAGGAUAUUGCAAAGUCUGCAGGUCCAUUGAUGCAACGACUUGCAAACUACAUGUUCAAUUUGAGCAUGUUUGGAACGGAUCAAAAUGAUCAAUCAUCACCUCUUGAAAGUGGUAUGUCCCACAGCCAAUCCGAUGGACACCUUCCACUGUCUUCACCAUCAAGUCUGAACGCAGAGAGAAAAGCAAAACAGGUAGGACGUUACCGUCUUGGCAGUUCGAUCAGAAGCCGUGCAGCAACGAUCGCAGGUGACAUAGACUUGCUCGCUCACGGUGAAGUUGUUCAAGAAGAUAUGGACAAAGCAAGCGGCUUAUGGAGCUUAUGGCGUUGGAUCAUUCCAGAUAUCGAUUCCUAUAUGAAUGAUAGCGCUGUAGGCAGUGAAAAAGACUCGCAAGCCAUGAAACGAAAUGUUUCUGUACCAUCACUCGUAUCGGGCUACAGCUUGGACACAGUUGAGGAAGAUGAGUGGGACGAAGAAGAACACCAUUCAAACAAAGUCGAAUCAUCACCCACACCAAGCGCCAAUUUCAAGAGUCUUUCACCGCCACAACUAUGUUAUGCAGAAUCAUACCUUCGCGAUUCAGGAUUCGGAUUGAAAUCUUUUGAAUCUUCUGCUUUCAACGAAUUUAACCUUUCGGGUGAAGUACCGGCAAAGAUUUUAUCGAUCCGUAACCACUUGCCUACUUCUAUCCUCGUACGAACGGAAGAUGUCCUAGGCAAGCAAGGUGACAAGGCUGCCAAACACUCGUCAUCCGAUCCAAGUCCUCUGUGGGAUAAUCGUUUGGUCGAAGAACCAUACGAACGUACUUGGGGAAGCAUGUUGGGCUUAUCGGUUUAUUAAUUUUUAAAAUACGCACAGUCUUGACCACCUCGAUGGCAAGUAUAACGAUUUUCCUUUUUUUUCGGUUUUGACGUCUUCUCUUUUCUUUUCUCUUAUCUUUCAUCAUCAUUGUAUUCAUACGGCAUAC